UUCAAUCGUUAUCAAAAAUAGUUACACAAAGAAAAUAAAUAUUUCAACACAAUAACUUCAGGUAGCAGCUAAAAUGAGUAUUAACACAGAAGAAAGUUCUGUAGAAAGUAGCUCAUUAAAUGACACCAACAAUUUGCCUAUGGAAGACGAACAGGCUAUAGUUCAACUUACCAGAAAGGUGAAGAUAUUAGGCUCUAUGCUACGUCGCGAUCUGCUAGCAUUAGAUAUUAAAUGGACUUUGUUCGUGGCGGCUUCAAAAAAUUAUCGCUACGAAGAGUUAUUGAAGCCCUAUCCCCCUCAGUUUUUUAUCGAGCCAGAAGGAGUAGAUAUUGAUCGUUUGCUAUUAGUAAUCAAUUUGACUCCAAACCUUAUAUGCUUAUUGAACGAUAUCAAUCAAGAGAAUUACAAUCAAUGUGACAUGGAGGUUAUAGAUUUAUUAACGUGGGUAUUGAUUGACAACAAACAACCGGUUUUUCAAAGUAUUACGAUUGAUGCCUUCGCAUAUUAUAUGCAUAAUAUUGUACAGAAUAUUAAUAUAAAAAAACCGGAUCAUAUAUUUGAAAUAAUAUAUGACAAGUCUGAUAAGGUGGAGCAAGUAUUUCGAUCUCGUGGUGAAGUAUAUGGGUUUAAGUUUUCAUAUUGUGGUUAUAAGGCAGAAUAUUUAUAUUCUGUUUUUCACAAUUCUUUUUAUAAUUGUGGAGUCUUGCCAGAUAUACUGAGUGCCGCCAAUACAUAUUUGCACUUUACAUCUGAAAUAGCAGUAAGUCUUGUACAUAGUCCACCCACACCAUGUUGGGGAAAAUCACAGUGCGGUUCUGUUUUGAGAUGCGUACUGUUGUGUGAGUUCAUAAAUAUGCCUCAAUACGUUAAAAGUCAAAUCGAUGUGAUCAAGGAGUACUCAUACUUAGAUAUAUAUAUUAAUAGAGGUGAUAUUGUGCGUCCACGUUUUAUGUUGGUUUACGAUGAUGAUAAGUUGUGGGAGGAGGAGCAGUCAGUCGAAGAGGAUGUUAAAGCGGAUAUUGAAGAGAGUACAUGGUUUUCUAGAAAUCGUUUCGGAGUAUUGGCAGGACUUUGUUGUUUUGGUAUAUUUAUAUUUAAUGUAUUUCAUAAGAAAGGAUGUGGAGGUGUAAUCAGAAGAUUCAAGUGCCUUAGGGGAAAACAUUUUUUUAAGUCUCUUUAAAACAAAAAGAAGUCCAUUUUGUACGAAA